AUGCCACCCUCCCCUGAUUUCGAAGCCUUCUCAUUGACCCCUAUCGAUCAGGCGAAUGGCCAAGUUUUUUUCUUCUAUAACAUAUCGUAUCGGGUGCGGAAUGAAGCUUCUGCCCUUCAAACCAUCCAUAACGCUAUCGAUGUCCUUCUUGAAAAGGUGCCGUUUUUGAACGGGGAGAUCGCGUUUCCUGCCCCAGUUCCUGACGCGAACAAUGUCCUUAUAGUCCGACCACCCAGGGCCAAGUCUGAAGAUCAAGUUCCACUGGUCCAGGUAAAGCGCCAUUCCAAUUGUGCCCUGCCGGUCAAGAAACUAGAACAGUCUCCAUUUAACGUACCAUCGAGUCUUCCGCUUAAUGGUCUCUUCAAUCCACUCGCCGCAUACCCAACUCCUAAUCGACCAACACCUGUCAUUCGUUUCCAGAUUAACUUGGUCAAUGACGGCCUUAUCCUGACGCUGGCGUUCAAUCAUGCAGUAUUCGAUGCUCUCGGAGCCGCGGUGAUAGUAAAACUUCUGGCCGAAUCGUGUCGCAACCAGGACAAAAUAGGAAUGGACGGGAGAUUGGGAAUCCCUUCCACGCAGGCACGAGUGCGAAGCCCAUUGUUGGCUCUGAGUUCGCGGCUGAAAAAAAAUAACCGUGCUCGUGUAGAUGCGCCUUCGCCAUCUGAAUUCUCUGAAAAUAUCUCUCACAGACCGGUUGCAGCACCCCCACCAUUGAAGGAUGAAUGCUUUGUCUUUUGCGCUGAAAAACUCCAACAGCUGAGGAUUGCUUGUACCUCUAUACUUGAAAAGUUACAUGAGAAUCAGAAAUCGGUCACAGGUCAAGGAGAUGUAAGGUUUCUUUCGAUCAACGAUGUACUCACGGCGCUCAUCUGCGAAUCGAUAGCUCAGGCACGGCAUGCCGCCAAGCACCCGUACAGAGAUGAGAAGCUCCAUGCGAAGCCAAGUGUCUCUGAGUGCCUUAUGGCUGUAGACCUGCGCAAGUUCGUUGAACCUCCUCUCCCCCAUGACUACAUGGGGAACGCUGCUAUCCCGCUACGUUUCGAGGUCAGUUCUCAACGACACGCCUCUCCAGACUUCCAUCGGGCAGUCCGAGAAGUACCCACCGGUUUGAACACGUCAUUCUUCCUCGCCAUCGCAAAGACGGCUUAUACAAUCCGGGCCAAACUAGCGAGAUUCGGCGAAUCCUACAUCGACUCGCUAAGUUCCUUUCUGAACGCCCACGAGGAACAGAAGGCUGUGAACAUCCUCCCGGCUUGCGCUAUCGUCUCAAGCUUGAGACACAUCAAGACAUACGAGCUACAAUUUGGAGCGGAGCUAGGGGAAAUCCAGGCCUUCGAAACCGGAAUACCGUGGGUAAAUGGGUCCUGUAUAAUUCUCCCCUUGUGCGCAAAUAGCUCGGAUGUGGCAGGUUCCGCGCCCUGGAAUGUGCGGAUAACGCUGGACGAGAGUACGAUGUAUUGCUUCAAGAAUGAGCCGGCUCUACGUUGGGCACUAUUGGAGCAAGGAAAAAGCAAGGUUCUAGGCCCAUGCGACUGCAAGGCUGACGUGUAG